GGGGGUUGUGGUGGUGGACAAUAUGGAUCAUUACAGUAUGAUGGUAAGCCGUCCGUUGAGCAGCAUGGUGGUGAUGCUUGGCAUUCACUGUUAGGACAUGCGGAUGCUGGACAGGUAACGUUAGAGCAGGGGGGUUGUGGUGGUGGACAAUAUGGAUCAUUACAGUAUGAUGAUGUUGGACAACCAUUAGGGUAUUGUCCGCAACACGGAUCUUCACAGCACGUCUGA